CGAACAUGGCCGACUCCGACGAAGAAUAUGUGGGGGAGGUAACCGAAGACGAAGAUGAUUUACAGGUGACUCGGGGCGAUAAUCCGCGAGCCAAAAGAAAGCAGCGCGGAGGCGCAGAAUGGGAGCUAUCCAGAACCUGGGAGACACUGGUGGAGGGUGCAGAUGGUACCAUCAACUCGACCGUUGAAGGGCUUCUGGAGGCCGGGAAACGAAAAAGGCUCUUGAAAGAUACGACACCACUACAGCGCGGUAUCAUUCGACAUCUCAUCCUAAUUCUGGAUCUUUCACAAUCCAUGUCUGAGAAGGACUUGCGACCCACGAGAUACUUGUUGACUCUCCGAUAUGCCCAGGAAUUUGUGAGGGAAUUUUUUGAACAAAAUCCCAUCUCCCAGCUUGGUGUCCUCGGCCUGAGAGAUGGUCUCGCGCUCCGAGUCAGUGACAUGAGUGGAAAUCCAACAGAACACCUCACCGCCAUUCAAGCCCUCAAAACACAAGAUCCGAAAGGUUUGCCUAGUCUUCAGAAUGGAUUGGAGAUGGCACGUGGUGCUCUUUUCCAUACACCUAGCCAUGGCACUCGAGAAGUGCUAUUUAUAUAUGGUUCCCUCCUUUCCUCCGAUCCUGGAGACAUUCACCAAACGAUAGAUACCCUGAUUAGCGACAAAAUUAGGGUUAAUAUGGUGGGGCUCGCAGCCCAGGUUGCAAUUUGCCGGGAACUUUGUACAAAAACCAAUGGUGGUGAUGAAACAGCAUAUGGAGUAGCACUGAAUGAGCAGCACUUCCGGGAGCUGAUGAUGGACGUGACUACACCCCCAGCUGCCUACUCACAGAAAGAAUCUGCAGGCUCAUUGCUGAUGAUGGGGUUCCCUUCUCGUACAGUGGAGUCCUAUCCCUCGCUCUGUGCAUGCCAUUCAAAGCCCUCACGAGGAGGCUAUCUUUGCUCACGAUGCAACAGCAAAGUGUGUAGUCUUCCUGCCGAAUGCCCAUCUUGUGGGCUCACUUUGAUCCUUUCAACCCAUUUGGCACGAUCGUAUCAUCAUCUAUUCCCCUUGAUCAACUGGGUCGAGGUGCCGUGGCGUCGAGCCUCGCGAAGCUCCGCUUGCUUUGCCUGUGGUCUUUCUUUUCCGUCCGUGCCUUUGGAGGAUCACUGGCAAAUGACAGAGAACCAGACCAAGGGAAUGAGUGUGAGCAGUCGCUACGAGUGUACCGCAUGUCAUAACCACUUUUGUAUCGACUGCGAUCUCUUUGCCCAUGAGGUCGUGCAUAACUGCCCCGGUUGUCAAAGUAAAAGUACAUCCCUGCACUCUGAAGCACCCAACCCAACGUCAGGUGGAAUGGAUAUCAUGGUCUAG